AUGGAAACAGACAAGUCGAUAAUAAUCGAGGAGAGCCCGCACACGGGCAAAAUAACCAUACGGAUUCCGCCAUUCUGGCCAGAGGAACCAGAACUAUGGUUCGCACAAAUAGAAGGACAGUUCGAGCUUUGCCGGAUAGGGAGCGACCAUGAGAGGUACAUUCACGCCCUCUCAAAGAUAGAGCCGAAGCAAGCAAAGGAGGUCAAGGACAUAAUUAUUAACCCUCCAAGCAGCAGAAAAUACGAAGCCUUAAAGGAGGCACUGAUACAGAGGCUGACAGACUCUCAGGAGUACAGAAUACGCCAACUCCUGGAAACUGAAGAGAUGGGAGACAGAAAACUAUCGCAGUUUCUGAGGCACCUGGCAACUCUAGCCGGGACUACAGUUUCCGAAAAACUAUUGCGCACUCUGGGGCUAGGACGCCUGCCAGCCCAGACGCAAGCCAUAUUAGCAACCCGAGGCGAAGAUAACCUCAACAGCGUAGCUGAGCAAGCCGACAGAAUACACGAGAUCGGUAGUAAAACCGCAGUACUAGCUACUACCGGUCCACAGCCGACAAGUCCGAGGGAAGAAUCACUGGAAGAACUCCGGAAGCAAAUAGCAGCCCUAACAACAAAGGUGGAAAGAAUGACCAGUGCCUGGGAGAAAAAUAGAUCCCGAAGCAGAUCACGUAACCGACUUAGAGAUAUCGGAUCAGAUGUAAGCAUCGUACCUCCGACACGUAACAGGGGCAACCUCAAACCAACCCCGUACCAAUUGUACGCCGCCAAUGGUACGUUGAUACCAACGUACGGCACCGUGGCACUCCAGCCAGAACUUGGACUUAGAAGAGCGUUUCCUUGGAGAUUCGCGGUAGCUAAUACCACGCAGCCGAUACUAGGAGCCGACUUCCUGGUACACUACAGUCUCUUGCCGGACAUGGAAAAAAAGAUACCAACGUACGGCACCGUGGCACUCCAGCCAGAACUUGGACUUAGAAGAGCGUUUCCUUGGAGAUUCGCGGUAGCUAAUACCACGCAGCCGAUACUAGGAGCCGACUUCCUGGUACACUACAGUCUCUUGCCGGACAUGGAAAGGAAAAGACUGAUAGACGGGAAAACAGGCCUGACAACAAGAGGCACCGCAAGCAUCACGGCAACGCCUUCCGUCAAAACAAUCGGCACGCAAACCAAGUACCACGAGGUAUUAGCAAAAUAUCCGGGUCUUACGAACAUCUCAGGACAACAACGCGAGGUAAAACACGAAACACAACACUUCAUAAAAACAACACCUGGCCCGCCCGAAGCAUGCCGACCGCGCAGGCUGGCACCUGACAGGCUGAGAGCGGCCAAAACCGAUUUCGACCUAAUGUUAAAAGAAGGAAUCAUACAACCUUCGAAGAGCCCGUGGUUAGCACCACUACACCUUGUACCCAAAAAGGACCAAACAUGGCGACCGUGUGGAGACUACCGCAAACUAAACGCCAGGACAGUACCAGACAGAUACCCCAUACCGCACCUGGAGGACUUCGCACACGCGUUGCAGGGAAAGACAGUAUUUUCCACACUCGAUCUAGUCAGGGCCUAUUACCAGAUCCCGAUACAUCCAUCGGACAUACCGAAAACGGCAAUCAUGACACCGUUCGGCAUGUUCGAAUUUAAGUACAUGCCUUUCGGACUUCGGAACGCGGCACAGACGUUCCAACGGUUUGUCAACAGCGUACUCCAAGACCUGGAGUACUGUUACGUGUACAUCGACGAUAUCCUAAUAGCAUCUCAGACGAACAUAGGCAGCACCUGCACGAGGUAUUCCAGAGACUCGAAAGGCACGGAAUCAAAAUCAACCCAGCAAAGUGUGUCCUGGGAGAAAGCAAAAUAG